UGACUACACCGCACCGUUUGGCAGAGAACAGAGGAGCAGAGCAGAACAGAGGAGCGGGCCGCUAUACACGAACACCGAUCCAUCAGGCACCAACCCCAACGCCUCCUCUUCUCCUUCUCCCUCCACUCCACCCCCUCUCUCUGCCUCGUCCUACACACGAACGGAACGGUGCUGAUACCCGCGCCGCCGCGCUUUGCAGAGGGAAAAAAAGGCGCUUUCCGAGCAGAGAAAAGAUCUGAUCGCUUUACGCUUCUCCUCCCCGGGAUUUUGAUUCCCCCCACGCCAUCAUCCACCAAUCAUCGUCGUCGCCAGGCGGGCGGCGUGCUAGGACCACGAGUGGGAGUGGGCGUGCCAAGUCAACGCCGGCGGCGGGCCGUGCGCCGGUGAUUCCGCGCGCAGAUCCGAACAAGUUUGAACAGCGGCGCUGAUCGAUGGGGUCGUUCAAGGGCCACGUGCUGCCGGGGACGCUGUUCCUGGCGGUGGGCGCGUGGCACGUGUGGGCGGCCGUGGCGCGCUUCGCCAUGGACCCGGCCGGGUUCCGCCUCCGCGUCUGGAACCCCGUGGGCGCGGGCGGCGGGGCGCUGCGGCACCUGGAGCUCUACGUCAUCGCCGGGGGCGCCUUCCUGGACAUGUGCGUGGAGGUGCUCUACUCCACCCACCUCCACAUCUUCGCGCCCGGCGGCGGGGUCAACCCGGCGCACCUCAACGACCUCGAGCACGGCGGCAUGCUGCUCAUGUUCUUCCUCGUCGGCGCCCUCGCCCUCCUCUCCGAGAACACCAGGUACCUGCCCCUGACGGAGGGCGCGCUGUGCCUGCUGGCGGCUACGGCCUUCACGGCGGAGCUGCUGCUCUUCUACUUCCACUCGACCACGCACCAGGGGCUGGAGGGGUACUACCACUACCUCCUGGUGCUGCUCGUCGGGCUCUGCGUCGCCUCCAACGUCCUCGGCGCGCUCCUCCCGGCGAGCUUCCCCGCCGACCUCGCCAGCGGCCUGCUCAUCACCCUGCAGGGCCUGUGGUUCUACCAGACGGCGUUCACGCUCUACGGGCCGAUGCUCCCCGAGGGGUGCCACCGCGACGCCGGCGGGGACAUCGAGUGCCACGGGCACGCCGCCGGGGAGCGCGCGGAGCAGCUCGCCGACUUCCAGCUCUUCGCCUACGUCUUCCUCGCGUUCGCCUACGCCCUCGGCUGCUACGCCGUCGCCGCCGCCAAGUACGGCCACCCGGACCUGAGCACCGUCGAGAUGGAGCACCGGGAAAAUGGUGGAUUCGUUGGUAGCUCGGAGCUGUCUAGUGGUGGCAUAUGAAUGAUAUGACUUCGGCUCUGUUUUUGCCAUUGUCGUCUUGUUGGAUUUGGUAGAGUACACGCGACACGCACAUCAUUCGGUACAAGGCUAGAGUGGGCUGUACAUUGGGGCUAGUUAAUUACACAGAAAAAUCACGGAUCGACGUUCCUUAGUUUUACUGUGAAGAUUGUUUGACUUUUUUACACGAGAGGAUUAGCAUAAGACUAUACGAGAGUGUUUUUUCUACUAGCAAAAAGUUUGUUUUUGUACACCAGAUCUGUUUCUGUCUGCCUUCAAGUAUACCAUCUGUUCACGCGGA